UUGUUUCAGCGAUGCGGCAGCAUCAGUUCGACAACCGACUGACGCGUCGGAAACAUGCCGUGUUUCCGCAAAUUUUGUGCCGGCCUGAUGAUUAGGCCGCAAUUUUUUCGUGCCGUUUUAGAAUUUUUUAAAAAAUCGUUCGACACCUCGAAUAAAUCUGUUUCAGAAAUAUAAUAAGCCAAAAUAAGCAACAAAAGGCACAGGGAGGCCGUCUGUUGCAACCUAGGAUGUCCUUGCUCGGACGUCCACUCAACUACAGAGCAACUCGUCGUGAUGCCCGUUACCGUCGAUUGCAAAGUCGAAUCUACAACUUCUUGGAACGUCCUAGGGGAGCGGCCUUCAUUUACCAUAUAUUAGUGUUUCUUUUAGUUUUUAUCGGCCUUGUUUUGAGUGUGUUUUCCACAAUCGAAGAAUAUGAAAAAACGGCUGGUGAUAUUUUGGUUUACAUGGAAUCUCUUGUCUGUGUUAUAUUUACCAUAGAAUUAGUACUAAGGACCUGGUCUUCAGGUUGUCGAUCUCGUUACCAGGGAUAUCUGGGACGUUUGAAAUUUUUGAGGAGGCCUUUUUGCGUAAUAGACGUAAUAACGAUUAUAGCUUCGAUAGUAGUUCUAGUACUAACAAUGAGAUCUGGAGGGCAGGUGCUGGCAGCGAGUGCUUUAAGGGGACUUAGGUUUUUUCAAAUUCUUAGAAUGGUACGCAUGGACAGGAGGGGAGGUACUUGGAAGUUACUGGGUUCUGUCGUUUUCGCGCAUCGUCAGGAACUUAUAACCACGUUAUAUAUUGGAUUUUUGGGCCUAAUUUUUUCAUCGUUUCUAGUAUUUUUAGCGGAGAAAGACGUUCCCGGAACGAAAUUCAGCAAUUUCGCUCAGGCGUUGUGGUGGGGCGUGAUAACCCUGUGCACAGUGGGGUACGGCGAUAUGGUGCCCUCCACAUGGCAGGGCAAAAUAAUUGCCUCAUUCUGUUCGUUGUUGGGGAUUUCGUUUUUUGCGCUACCAGCGGGAAUUCUCGGUUCAGGAUUCGCAUUGAAAGUUCAACAACAACAAAGACAGAAGCAUAUGAUCAGGCGACGUCAGCCUGCCGCGAUGCUGAUCCAAUCGUUGUGGAGAUGUUACGCGGCAGAUGAAAAGUCUAUGUCGGAAGCUACAUGGAAGAUACAUCAAAUACCUUAUAGUCCACCUGUGAGAGCAUCGAGCAGUUUUAGACACAACGCAUCUUUCGUGGGAAGAUUGUCGACCAUUCGAAGACAUCGAAGCACUAUGUCAUCAAGUUUUCACUCGCCAUCACUGAUUCACAACCGCAACGUAGGACCCAAAAAUAUCACGACCUCAAACGAAAACAUUGGCAGCAGCGUCGCCAACGGCGCUAAGAAUAAUUUAAAUGCCAGUUACAGCGAGGAUUCCGUCUCAACAGUCAAUGAAACUAGAGUUACGAUUGAAAAUCCAGAAGAGGAUGAUGAAGAGCCGCAACUGCUGCAACUGACGUCGCAACAUAAAGCCGCUAUCCGAGCUAUUCGAAAGAUGAAAUAUUUCGUUGCGAGGAAAAAAUUUCGGGAAGCGCUCAAGCCCUAUGAUGUGAAAGACGUAAUAGAACAAUAUUCGUCGGGUCACGCCGAUUUGCUCAAUAGGGUAAAGAAUUUGCAAUUUAGACUAGAUCAGAUUUUGGGAAAGCAAGGUUCGAAAUCGAAAGACGUUUACGCAUCGAAAAUAUCUUUGGCAUCGAGAGUGGUAAAGGUGGAAAGACAGGUGGACGACGUGUUUUCAAAAUUGGAACAAUUUUUCGAAAUGUACGUGGAAGACCGCAAAUACUUUCUUCCUCCAAUCGCGUACGUCGACGGUCAAUCGUAUACAGAUUUCCCCAGAAGUAUUACAGUUAGUUCGGUUUCCUCGACCCCGCCCACUUCCGUAUGCCAAACUGCUAUAAUUAACCAUUGGACCUCCAGUGGGAAUGUCGCCCUUAAACCCAAAUCGAUUCUAAUAGAUAAGCAAUUAUCCGAACCCAACUCCCCAAUAACAAAGUCGUUCACUCCCCCACAAGUCGUUCCUACUGCCCUAAGAAGGCCUAUUAUUCAGAGAGGCUAUUCGGAUUUGGGAAAUAGGAUUAAGAAGAAGGUCACCCUUAGUUCCGGUUGUUCCCAUUUGUCUGAAAGGGAAAGACCAUUGAUCGCAUCGAGUCCCGUCAACGCCGGUGUUACUCUCAUGGUACCCGAAUCCAUGUCUUCGGGACCAACGACGUCAUCCGCUAUCGAGCCAUCGACGAGUGCACAAAAUACGUCAAUUGGAACUUUAGUAUCAGGAUCUUCGUCGAUUGAAAGCUCGGCUAAUGUACAGAAUUUCUCUAUGGGCAUGGAUUCAGAUACCAAAGGAUCGAGGACUAUUACGGAAAGUUCUGAAUUAGAACUGAGAGAGGCAGAUAUACCGGAAGAAAGAGAAGUGGUGGAACAAGAAGAGGAAGAAGACGGAGAAGACAAUGAAAACGAGGAAGAAUCAAAUGAAACAACAUUGUUGUGUCCAACGGUACCAAAUGAAAUUAUUAUUACGCCAAGCACCUUAAAUAGUACAUCGAAAUUAGAAGUCGUGACCGAAAAUAUUUACAUGAAAAAUUUUAAAACAUCGAGUAACAGUAACUUUAAAGAUGUAUGAA